AUGAAAUCAUUCAUCACUCUCACUACUACUGCCCUUGGUUUGUUCGCAGCCAGUGUCAGUAUCCAAUUUGCUCAAGCAAGGACUGCAAUCGAUACCGUUGCAUUGAUGCCCUAUGAAUCCUACCAGUGUGCACAUGAAGAAGGCUAUGAAGGUGCUGCCAUAGGCUGUUACGAGGAAAAUGAGUCUUUAUCCGACUGCCCUACCAAUUAUUUUCGUGCGCGAAGUGCCGGAUUUAAAGAUGUGGAUUUGUCUCUGCGUCCUUGCACUCAUAGAGGCUGCAAGUCCGCCGAAGAACAAGUGCAAGAAUUUACUAGGUUUGCCAACACAAACAAAAUGGGCUACCGAUACUUGUGGUUACAUGUCACGUCUGGAAAUUGGAUUUCACCCCAAGCUACCUUGAGUGAUUUUAAAAAGGCAUUAGAUACUGCAUCUGAGAACACGCUUUGGGAUUGGGGUGUUUUUACGAGCGCUAAGGAGUGGGAAGAGAUAACCGGAUCGUCUAGUUUCGAGCUAGAUCCAUCCGUUCCACUUUGGUACGCUAACCACGACGAUCAGCCGAAUUUUAACGAUUUUACUUCGUUCGGUGGCUGGGAUAAACCAUUCGCAAAGCAAUACUCCAAAGAUUCUGAUAUCUGCAGUGCCACAUUUAGCCAGAGCUACUACGAAUAA